CUCAUCAAUUACCUUUUUUAAAUGCAUUGAUCCAUUGAUUAGAAAUGUAGACUAUAACAUAUGACAAAGUUAAACGAGCUACUUGGAAUCACAAUAAAGCUACCCAUCUAUGUCAGUGAACUUAGGUAUCUUCAGCUUGAAACCAGCCAUAACGAUAACUCUGCUUCUACUACUUUGCAUCCUGACCUUGGAAUAUACCUGUGUUACCUCAGGGAUUUGGCAAACACUCAACAAUCAUCGAAUGAUGCGAUGAGUGCUCAGCAGGUACAGACUGAUACCAACAACCAACAACAGCAACAACAGCAACAACAACAGCAGCAGCAGCAGCAACCGCAACCAACGAAUGAUGUACCGACGACACCCGCACCUACUAAAGAUACUACUCCACAAACUACCCCGGUGCAACCACAGCCGACUACUACUGAACAGCCACCGCCAGCGCCAACGACCACUGCCAAUAAUAAUCCAGCUCCAACGACAACAGCAGCACCGCCGCCAGCUGUAACCACUGAAAAUAAUACUCCUGCUCAACCCACCAAUACAAAUACCAACACCAACCCUAAUAGCAAUACAAAUAACAAUACAAAUAACAAUACAAAUAACAAUACCAAUAACAAUACAAAUAACAACAACAAUAAUAAUCAGAAUACAACUUCAAAAAAGGGGGGCGGUAAUGUAGACCCAUCGUCGAACACUACGGACGACCGAGGUAAUACAGUUUCUACAGAUAGCCGAGGUAAUACGGCUGCCACGACCACCAAUGAUGACAAUAAGGUGGCUACAACAACGAGAGGUUCUACCAGUUAUGGUAGUAGCGAUGCACAGGCAACACAGCAUCAAGGAACACCUUCUUCAAACAAAACUUCGAAUCAAUCAAGUCAGAAUGAUAAUAAAACAGCUAUUAUUGCAGGCUCAGUUGUAGGCGGCUUAGUGGGUAUUGCUGUAAUUGCUGGUAUUUUGACAUGGUUGAAUCGCCGAGGUGGUUGUACAAGUAGAACCAGAAACCGCGGUAGUAUAGAAAAUGGAAGCGGUCUGGAUGCUGAUGAUGAUGAUUUUUACAAGCAGCCGUCUACUACCGUUGACAAUAUACCUUCUACUAUGGUGAGUUCGCCUUUUCAACAACAUGCCCGUCGUUUUGUACCUCCUACAAAUGCAGCGAAUACGGGUUAUAUCAAUCUAACAGAUGAUGAACAGCAACAGCAGCAACAACAAUAUCAUUCAAUGGGGCCAACAAUAGUAGCUCCGUCUACCCCUAUUACUGCAACACAUAUGUACAUAGAUCAACCAGCCUACAAUAAUAGUAGCGUUAAUGCAGAUUACUAUUCACCUCAAGGACAAUAUCAAGACUAUCCGGGUUCUCAACAGAGUACGAGUGGACCCGGCAACAACAUAUAUUACAACCCACAUCAACCAUUAGCAUCUCCUGUUACGCCUACUAUGCAUCAGUUCAAACCAGAUCAAGUGGAACAAAAACCAAACGCUAGUUAAUAACAUAACUUUCACUUGCCUGUUACCCUCCUUCAGCACCCUAACUUUAUCUUUAAAAAUUUAGAUUUCUAUUACUAUACAUCUAAUCCUCUUUUACGAUUUAUACUUUACAUUCAACUAAUACGAUAUUUAGCUAAGAAAAGAGACAGAAAAAAACAUCGGUAGCUACAUACCAGCAGGUGAGAAAGUAAUCUUAGUUGCCUGGACUUGACUGUUCCUUUCCUCCCCAUAAUUGAAUAAACGUUGCUUUC